GGGGCGGGGGCGGGAGCCGGGUGGAGCCGCCGCGGGCCGGGCCCCCUUCGCGGGCGCGGGGCUCAGUCCCCAGCUCCUGCCCGGGCGCACACACGCGCUUCCUCUCCUGCGCUCCUGGGCGUCCGGAGGCGAAGGUCCCGCAGCGUCCCCGGGAAUCCGGGUCCCCGCGAGUCCGGGCUCCGCUCCUCCAGCCGCGCCCGGAGCGCACCAGCAGGCCAGCCUCGGGCAAAGCGCGCGGGGCGCCGCGGGGGUCCUGCGGGAAGAUGCGGAAGCCGGACAGCAAGAUCGUGCUGCUGGGGGACAUGAACGUGGGGAAGACGUCGCUGCUGCAGCGGUACAUGGAGCGGCGCUUCCCGGACACGGUCAGCACGGUGGGCGGCGCCUUCUACCUGAAGCAGUGGCGCUCCUACAACAUCUCCAUCUGGGACACGGCAGGGCGGGAGCAGUUCCACGGCCUGGGCUCCAUGUACUGCCGGGGAGCGGCUGCCAUCAUCCUCACCUACGAUGUGAAUCACCCACAGAGCCUGGUGGAGCUGGAGGAUCGCUUCCUGGGCCUGACAGAAACAGCCAGCAAAGACUGCCUGUUCGCCAUCGUGGGCAACAAAGUGGACCUCACUGAGGAGGGGCCCUCGGAGGGCCAGGAGAAGGGAGAGUGCAGCCCCAAUUUGGACGGCGGGGGCUGUGUCUCCCCCAGGGUGCCUAAGCAGGUGCAUCUGGAGGACGCGGUGGCCCUUUAUAAAAAGAUCCUGAAGUACAAGAUGCUGGAUGAGCAGGACAUGCCGGCCGCUGAGCAGAUGUGCUUUGAGACCAGUGCCAAGACGGGCUACAAUGUGGACCUCCUGUUUGAGACCCUGUUUGACCUGGUGGUGCCAAUGAUCUUACGGCAGAGAGCUGAGAGGCCGUCACACACGGUGGACAUAUCCAGCCAUAAGCCACCCAAGAGGACCAGAUCUGGGUGUUGUGCCUGACUUUCAAGGGCCCCCCAGACUCAGACUGUGCGUGUGGAAAGGGGUCUGAGCAGGCAAGCCGUUGUCUGAAAGGGACAAGGAACCCCGGAGAAUUAUUUUGCAGAACAACACACUCAGUAGAACAGAGUGGAAAUGGCAGCUCGGCCUGAAGAAGAGGAGGUCAACGUGUGUGGUCUCAGUCUCUAUCCGAGGGCUGGGGAGGUGGGGAAUGGGAAUCCUCUGUAAAGCCCAAUCUGCAGAGCCGAGACCCCUGGCACUCUCUGCCCUGCUGCCCGGCACUGGUCCUUCUCAGCCAGCCUCGCACGGCCCCCUCCCUCUCGCACAGGCAGAAGAGAAGCCCGCCUCUGACCCUUUCAGCGCCCCGGGCUGUUACCACAUCCUACAACUUCACGUGGCUUGUUCUCAAGCGCUUCUCUUCACUGUGAGUUCUCUUUGGUUCUCCCACUUGGUACUUGUAUCUUGAUGCUUUAUAAUCCUGACUCUCGACAUGUUAAUUUAUACAAAUCAGGAAUAACUGUUUUAUGCUGAUUGCAGCAAUGUGGGCUACAUGUAUUAUUAAAGAGGAUUUUGGGAAAACCUU